AUGGAGCAAUAUGCUACCAGAACCAUGGAAGAACCCACAUUGGAGAUUCCAGGUAGUAAGAGUUUGUUCCUAGAAGCUUUACUUGAAAAAGCACAUAAAACAAUAGCAUUUGAAUCAUCAUACAAAAAACGACUUAUGAGCUUGUGGGAUGAAUUUGUAACCAUCUGCUUAAGUCACAAGUUAACUCCGUGCCCUGCCCACUCUGACUCCUUAUUAAUGUUUUUAACCUGGCUUAACCUACUACGAAAACCUGUUAAACCACGCCUAUAUUUG